CGACUGCGACGGGUGAUUCCGGCAGACGCAGGCAUGUCCGGACGCGGCAAGGGCGGGAAGGGCCUGGGCAAGGGCGGCGCCAAGCGCCACCGCAAGGUGCUGCGCGACAACAUCCAGGGCAUCACCAAGCCCGCCAUCCGCCGCCUGGCCCGGCGCGGCGGCGUCAAGCGCAUCUCGGGGCUCAUCUACGAGGAGACCCGCGGCGUGCUCAAGGUCUUCCUCGAGAACGUCAUCCGCGACGCCGUCACCUACACGGAGCACGCCAAGCGCAAGACGGUCACGGCCAUGGACGUGUCUACGCGCUCAAGCGCCAGGGCCGCACGCUCUACGGCUUCGGCGGCUGAGCUGCCCCGCGGCCCCAGACCCCACCCAAAGGCCCUUCUCAGGGCCCCCACAGUCUCUGGGAGCGCUGUACACACCGCGGGACCCGCAGUCCUAAUAACAGGAGUUAGUGGGUGGGGUCCACUCUUUCCGGGUGGGGAAACAUGGCUCCGGGUCGCUGCGCGGCUUGGCCAUGCAGCCGGGCGUGGCGGCCGCUCCAAGUCCUAAAUAGACUCCUCGGUGAGGCUUGCACGCUGGCACCAGAGCGCACGGAAGCAAAAACGCCAAACCCGGGGGAAUCCGAAUGGGCAGGUCCGGGCCUGAGCGGACACAAGGCUUCUGCGCCCAGUACAUCCAUGGGCACCGAGGCCAGCAGACCGCUCCCUCCGUGCUCAUCACGUGGAAACAGCCACGCUGGGCCGUGAGGCUGCACCACAGCCUGUAUAAAGGACCCUACCACCUCCUUGAAGGCACGACCCUGGGGUCUCCCCCUCCCUGGACACCGAAGCGGACACCCUAACCGCGCACACACUAAGUCAACAGCUCCCCCCUGGUGACGGCUGUGAGGGGUCUGGAAAGAGCACUUCGCGCCAAUUGAGGCGCCGGGAAGCCGGCGCUGUUCCUAAGUGAAUUAACGCCCUGACUUGCAGCGCCAGCAUCGCAUAUAGGCGCCGGUUGUAGUCCCGGCUGCUCCGUUUCCGAUCCGGCGCUAAUGUCCUGAGAUAGCAGUAGAAAAUGGCCCAAGCGCUUGGGCCCUUGCACCUGUAUGGGAGACCGGGAGGAGGCUCCAGGCUCCUGGCUUCCCAUUCGCUCGGCAUCGGCUGCUGCGGCCAUUGGGCAGUCGGAUACAAGACCUCUCAUUUCUGAAAACGCUUUUCAAAUAAAUAUUAAAAAAAAAAAAAAAAAA